AAUACAAAGACCCCCGGUUAAACACGUUACUCAAUUUGGAUCUAGCGUUCUAUAAAUACGCGUAGGCCUGACGUCGAUAGAAACUCCAACUUCUUUUUCUCUUAUUCUCUUUGUUACAAGGAGAAGAGCUCUUCUUCUUCUCAAAUCAUUUCUCUCUUCUUCAAGAAAACUUGAAAAAUGGGAUUGUCAUUCACGAAGCUGUUUAGCCGGCUAUUUGCCAAGAAAGAGAUGCGUAUACUUAUGGUAGGUCUCGAUGCAGCUGGUAAGACCACUAUUCUUUAUAAGCUCAAGCUUGGAGAGAUCGUUACAACCAUUCCUACGAUCGGGUUCAAUGUGGAAACAGUGGAAUACAAGAACAUCAGCUUCACUGUCUGGGAUGUUGGAGGUCAGGACAAGAUCCGUCCUCUGUGGAGACAUUACUUCCAAAAUACACAAGGACUCAUUUUUGUGGUUGAUAGCAAUGACAGGGACCGUGUUGUUGAGGCUAGAGAUGAGCUGCACAGGAUGUUGAAUGAGGAUGAAUUGAGAGAUGCAGUGCUUCUAGUUUUUGCUAACAAACAAGAUCUUCCAAAUGCUAUGAAUGCUGCUGAGAUAACUGAUAAGCUUGGUCUUCACUCUCUCCGUCAGCGUCACUGGUACAUCCAGAGCACAUGUGCCACAUCUGGUGAAGGACUUUAUGAAGGACUUGACUGGCUCUCAAACAACAUUGCAAACAAGGCAUAGAGAUUUAUUAGUUAAAGGUGCAAGAACUUGAGUUUACUUCUGCGAUUAAGAUCUCCAGCAUCUGGUUUUCUUGCCUGCAUAGAUUUUCAUUGCUCGAGUGUAUUAUUUGUUUUAAAAAAGAACUGCAGUCUAUUACUGAGGAAUAAUUUGAUUUUUUUUCCCCAUGUAUAACCAAAUAGUAUUGUUUAAAGUUUACCCUUCUGAUUGUGAAGUUAAUUUGAUUAUUUUAAGCUACCUAUUUACAUGUUUGUCUA